AACGGAACUGUGGUGGACUGGGUACUACCCAUUCUGUAGGGCUCCCUCUUCGAAGUAACCAACUAUUCUUCAAAGUUUUGAUCGCAGCAUUUUAAACUUAAAAGCUACUUAGGAGGGUCUGAAAACUUACUGAAAAUGGUAUGUUAUCUUUCUUUAGUGCCUUGAAAGUGUCCUUGAUAGACUGUUAACAUUAGAGGUGCGAUAGGGUCUCUAGAUUUCAACACAUUUUCUUGUCGACAAAAGCAUCCCCUAAGCUGUUGCUUGUUGCUGUGGAAAGGCAGAUAAAUGUAUUCGUAGUUUUGAUAUUGCUAGAGUUGUGGCGACAUUUGGGUCGGUGUUGUUUCAUUUUCGAUUAUGCUUGCUUUCUUAAUAGUAGCGCAAAGAUAAGGCUGCAAAGCCCGCUUUUUAAGGACGAUUCUGCUCUAGUUUUACUUUAAACUUAGCAUCGUAUGUUUAAUAUGUUGAUCGAGUGUUUAUAGCUGCUGCAGUUAUUAUUAGGAGGUGAACACGUCCAAUACUUAUUUAGACAUACCGCCUUCCUCGACGAACUUCGUUUCGGUGUUAUCAUAUCUACUCAAGACUAAAUCAAUAUGCGAACGUGUUGAAAAUUUAUCUCUGAAUUCUCUUCCGUUCUUAGGGAAACGAAGCUUCUUUGCCGGGUGAUAUGGUGACACAUUGUAAGUACAGUAGUAACGCUCUCGCGCGGCGUCUGUUAUAUUUUUGUCCUGCAGAUCUUACGAUUUCUCCUUUUUUAUCCGCUUCCUAUUUUCUCGAUACCCGUGGUAAUGAUCUUCGUUUGAAACUUCAGUCGAUGCAGACGAAAUAAGACGCCUCGGGAAGAGAUUUCGGAAGCUCGAUUUGGACAAAUCUGGUGCCCUUUCUGUUGACGAAUUUAUGUCACUACCUGAGUUACAGCAAAAUCCUCUAGUCCAAAGAGUAAUUGAUAUCUUCGACACAGAUGGGAAUGGCGAAGUGGAUUUUAAAGGUUAGAAUUAAAUAUAGCUUUUUGACUGUUGUAUUAUUUAAUACAUCGCUCGAUCGAUAUCGUGAAAACAUACGGGAUUCAUACGCAGUUUUGCAUAUUAGGCGAUAAUUUCGGCGGUAAAUUUUUGUUUGCGAGGGGUGCACUGGGAAAAUUUUCGUUUUACUUGGCGAGGAAACUAAAUCCUACAUUCUGCUCCCUCUCCAUGAAAAUGCUCUCUCAGAUUAUUCAGAUCUUGCGCUAAAUCGCUAAUUGAAAAUAUGUCACGUUAUCUGCAAUCAAACUCAGCAACUCCCAACGUUGAAGUCUUGGUGAAAAUUUGCGAGCAUUGUAUCCGGUGUUUUUGCCCUCUCUGUUGAAUUUUUUGAAACAGAUUACAACAAUUACCGAUAAUUUUACUUCUCAUGCACCAAGAAGUAUUCAUAGUUUUUGUCUUCCGCGAGCUUUACUGCGAAAACAAAUUGAAAGAAGCCUUGAUCGGGCACCUGCCUCCCAACGGUUUUAAGAAUUUCGCCGAGGGACGGAUCUAAUUGUAGUGAAAUUGGUAUCCAAUUAAAAUGGUUUAAACCGGGUUUACGAUUGAUCUGACUUGCAUUUGAGCCGUCCUUUUUUAUUAAGUGUGAAUGGAGUACUUUUUAGGGGCAGCAGCUGUAUUUUCUGUUAUCAGUUGAACGCGAAAGUCAGCCAAAACUAACUCGGUGCGCGGCCGAGGGGAGCACAAUAUAUUGCGAUCAAUAUUGAGUGUAGGCUCAGCCAAUUUCCCGUUCUAUGCUCACAGGGUAUCUCGGAACCAUUUAACCAUUUAAUUUUCAAUGCAAACAGGUCUGGAGUGACUCCAUUUGUAAAGUUAUUGUCAGCGACGUGGAUGUGCUUAGCAACUCAGUAUUUUUCAAAUAAAUACGCAUAAAAUGUAAUCGUACGAUUUUUCUGUUAAAAAUCAACCUAUAUUUUUAACAAUUUAUGGAACACAUCGCCGGAAAAUUCUCGCAAUUUAGGCACUGGUUCAAGGUCAGUUUAUAUUUUUGUGUGACAUUCAUACUUUUUGAUACGACAAGCCAAUUUGCUAAAAGUGAACCCAAUUUUAGGCUCGUCAAUUUACAUAUUAAGUAAGAAUUAUGGUUUGGAAAACCCAGUCAAAUUUUGAUACUUAACUUUCAAACAAAUUUGUCACAACAGUAAAUAAGGUUGACAUUAUGAUUCUUGAGCUGGAUGAAAGUCCAACAAAAAUACUCGAUCUUUCAGGCAAAUGUUGAGUUGUAAUUUAGAAGGCAACCUCUGGGUGGCCUAGUUAAUUUGCAUAUGUAGCCAAAAGCUAAACUAUUCAUUGAGUAUAAACAUGUUAAAAAUUAAUGAGGAUGCUGUGUUUUUCUCUUGCGGAAAAAUGAAUGUUUUGGAGGAAAUUAAGACUUAUUUUAAUAGGGAAUAUGUCUUGGGAAAUUCUGCUCGAUAUGAUUUCUAGUUAAGUUUGAAAAAGUUAAAUUAUUCUUGUAAACUGUGUUGAUUUUCGAAGAUACUGAGCUGUAAGCUGAAUAGAAAUGAUUAUCAUUGCUGAGGAUAAUACAAUGAGAGUGCUUUCCUCAAAGAAAGCUUUGAGGAAAUUUUAUACUUUCUUUGUCUUGAGUGCUACUUUUGCCACAGACCUUCACACCAUGAAGUUUCUUGGUUAGCUGGAAGAAAGUAAUGUUGAAUUGAUUUGAACUCAUGGUAGGGCUAACUAGCAAAAAACUGCAAUCCUCAAGUGGAUCCUUGUUGGUUCCAUUCCUCCUAAAGAAAAAAAUGGAAGACUAACAUCUUACUUUGAAUCAAUGAUUUUUAAGUAAAAACAGGAAUGUAACAUUGAAAUUCUUUAAGGGUGAAAAAGAAAAUUUGAUAGAGUCCUUCAAUGAGCUGAGUUUCAUCACAAUAUAAUAAAAUCAACAGCCACCUAAAUUCUAAAGAAAAAUGGUUGGUGUUGGUGAAUUAAGUUUCCCAACUUUGAUGCAAUGUUACUGAACCAGUCUUGACUCAGUGACUAAUUUUUCACCAGUAUCAGAUUAUAUGCUGUGCAAAUCAGGUUGUAAUUUGUCAGAUAUCAAGUCAGUGUUUUGUCAUACCUCCCAGGAAUUAUUUGUGUUGAUACACCCUCAAAAUCAUUUCAAAUGAAAUCUGGAACAUAAAUACAUACACCAUAUUCAGUGACUUGACAUAAACAUGAGAUCAAUGAACAAAAUAUCAGCCCAUAUUAUAAGUCGAGCUAUCGAAUAAGGGAUUUAUUAUGCCUCUAUUAUUUAUAUUUUAGUAAUUUGGCCGGUUUUAGUUUUCAAAAUACAUCCACUGGCUUUAUCUGAAAAUUGUAUCUAAGGAAUAAGGUGCAUGCUACAGAUGAAAACAUCCAAAAAAAAAAAAAGAAUCCCCCUGAGAAUAAUUUUUGUUUUGACUUUUGUUUUUUGCUCUGCUUUUCAGUUCUAAUAUGUAAUACUGUAGCACAUCUUGUGCAUUCCGUUACCUCAUUAUGAUAAAAUGGUGUAAUGGUGUAAGUUUGCAUGCAAAACUCAAGAUGGAGAUGUCCAUGUUUGGACAGUGUUUGGGUGAUUGUAUUGUGUCUUUAGGCCAGGUGCUCUAUCCUGAGACAAUGCAGGAGGAGGGAAGAGGGUUUAUACCUGGGACGGAUAAGCAUGUUCUAAAUAAGUUGGAGAGGAAAAGAUAAAUGAGGAAUACUAGGCAGCCCAGUUAUCAUGGAUGCUACGUUGUUUCUUUAGAUUAUGAGCUUGAAUUAUUUACUUAAAAUGUUGCAUGCAUUGAUUCUGUGAAGUUCACUGGAACUUUGGGGCAAAUUCUUAACGUGGAAUUAACUCACACAGCUGAACCUAUUACUGUUAAAGUUUGCAUUCCAUUCCAUUUAAGACUGAGAAAUGGCUACAAUACAAAUACCUCCAAUGAUAUUUCGAUGACUGUGCAAUUUUUCAUCAGAAGUUGUGGUAAAUUUAGGUGUGAAUAGCUGGCUAAAGAGGGUAGACUUGUCGUUGGUUUUGGCUGGCCAUUAAUUCUUUUUGACAGCACUGAAUAAACACUGUAUCUCAUUGUCCUGAUAUUUCAGAAAUUGGGAGUACACUUAAAAAAAAAAAGAUUGAGCAUUUUACACAUUACUCUUUGCAAAUGUUAAACUUACUGUAACUUUAAACCAUAAAUGCCAAGUAUUGAAAACAUAUCAGAUAGCCACAGGACUGCUUUACACAGGACUGCUUUACACAGGACUGCUUUACACAGGACUGCUUUACACAGGACUGCUUUACACAGGAAAACCAAAGUGACAACUUUCAUCAGGAAUUUGAUUGCAGCCUGUAGUGUUGUUUUUGAUUGUCACUCAUCAAAAGCUUUACAGAGAAGAACGAUUCAUUUUUACGUCAUAACAAUUCAGUUCCCCGCAGAAAUCACUAAAAAUAUAUUGUACAGUCAUGCCAGUCAUGGUUAGUAGUGUUGCAGUAUACUAUGAAUAUGCGAUUUGGAAUGUAUUUUAAUGUGUCAAAACUAUUCCUCUAGGUUUAAUUUUUAUUUUCUUAAAAAUGAGACAUUUACAUUACACCUGGCUUUUUAUAUCAAGACAGUUAUAUGACUGUUGGUAAUUGUCAGUCUAAUGACAAGCCAGCUUUGUUAGUACUGUUUAUCACAUUUGGCCAUCUUCUAUCCCAUAUCUGAUUUACUCUGCAUGUAGAGCAUAUUUUAAAACAUUAUGGACCAAAAUUGUUUUGUCAAAGUUAUGGACCAGUACAGAUAAAGAUCUAUUUAUGCAAUAAGGGUGUUAGCUAUUUCCCCCAGUCACACUAACUUAUAACUAUUAUCCUUAACACCUUGUGGGGGUCCAAUUGAAAGUAAACACAUUGAAUGAACCAAAUUUUACCUUCUGUUAUGUAUUAUUCAUUGUUUUGGCUAAACUAGAGACAUAUAGAAAUCACUCUAUGCUUGUGAGCUCUCUCUCAAAACCAAUUUUGGUUUGUUUUUUUUUAUGCCGAGUUUCUGAUGUCAUGCACCACUCGAUUUUGUUGACGUCUUUCAUUUGGUUUUUGGUGAUUGUCAUCUCUGUUUUGAUUGUGACUGAGAUAUCUGUGUGAGUUACUUUCCAUUUUGAUAAUUGUAAAACUGAACAGAUAUCUUGGAAUACCAUUUGGAAAGCUGAAGAACAAUUUAUUUUUUGGAAGGAAAUUACUUGGCAGGAGUUGUUUUGUCUACAAAAUUAAUAUCUAUAGGGGUGAGGGGUGUACUAAUUUUGAUUGUAGCUUUUCAGACAGGUGUUGGGACAUAAUUGAAAAGAAAAUUUAAUCAUCAACAGCUCUGACAAUUACUGCCUGUGGAAUAGUUUUUUCUAAUUAUUUAUUUGUAAGUUAUGGUCACAAAGGCCUAGUCUAAGCCAGUGGCAUAUGGUUCUGAGGAAAUGUAAUAUUUGGCUUAUAAAUAAUGCUAUUUAAAAUUCACCAAAAAACAGCAGUGAAUGAAUGUUUCCUAGUACAAUGUAGAUGUCAGUGGUAUCAUACCACAGGAUGUAUUUUUUGUAAUUGUAUUGAUUAAUUUUUCCUUGUUUACUGCAUUUUUUCCCACUGAGAUCACUUUCCCUACCACUGUGUUUAGAUCAGAUGCUUUCAUGUGUCGAAACAUUUUGAUUUAUGUAUUUCUUCAAUAUCACUGAAGUUACAGAUAAUAAAUAUCAGGUAUCACUGCUGGACGUUAGAAGUGUGAGUUGUGAAAUUUGGGUGAAAGAUCUGUUUCUGGUCAGAAAAUUGGGUGGACAGUAUUUAAGGCACACAAGGCAAUUUUUUUUGUACUUGUAGACCACAUGAAGGGUACCAAAAUUUUUUAGAGACUCAAGGGCUACAUGUAGCAUCUAACUUGUGGUCACUCCUCGGUCUUUGUACUAUUUUACAUAAUAGUUAUGGAUGAUAAAGACAUUUAAGAGUUGCUGUAAAUUAAGAGCAGAUAGGUAUCAGUGAUUAUACUCAGAAACAAUGUGAAAUAAAAUUAAGAUUUUUAGUUUCCAUUGCAAACAUGCAUGUACAGGUAACCAGUAGUUUGUCAUUCUAUAGGAAGUAAGUGGCAGAUAUGCAUUAUCUUUUUUUUUUUGGUAGUUUUCUCUAAAAAUGAAACACUUCAUUUGUGUAACUAAUUGCACAGUUAAAAUUCCUAAUGUUGCUUCAUGUCAUUAACAAUUUGGUAUGGUUAGCCACAAGACAAUUCCAUUGUGUAGUCUCAUGUCCUUGUUGCUCGGGAAGGACCUUCAAACCCUCCGAACAAGCAGGGAGGUGUGGAGGAGUCUUCAUUACACCAACUACUACAAAAAAAAUUCACUUCAGCACUAAAGCUUAUCCUGCAUUAUCCUAUUAAAAAAUAUAUAAUGAAACAGAACUAGAGCAAUUUAUUUAAAUUCAGCUAGAUUUAAACACAUCAGUCGAUCAGAUUGCAGCUUAUUCACCAAUCAGGGAUGUUUUUGCAGCUGCUUUGUCAAUUAACAGUCAGCUUGAAACUGUUGGUGUUUAAUACAUGUAUGCAUUCUAAAAGUAUUUUUGCUAAAGUUGCAGGUUUUAGGGUUCCAAAUUGGAAAUAUUGUUUGCUGCAUGCAAUCGAUAUGGAAUUUAAGAUGCAGUUGUUAACUGCAGAAAUAAGUUAAGAUGAAAAAGCUAAUUAGGGAUAGGAACACUGACUCAAGAACUUGAACAGUGAUCAGUUUGGUGUUAAGUUUGUUCUCUUGUCCUGAAAUUAAUCAAGAUUGUUCAUGUCAGUCUUAGUCUCACCAUUAGCGAACAACUCUUUGUUAUUUACACGCACUGUACAUGUUUAUGUUAAUCAUGUUUGUUGAUCUAUUUUGUUUCUUGCUUGUUGUUUUGUUAUUUUCUUUAGAAUUCAUAGAAGGAGUUUCACAGUUCAGUGUAAAGGGAGACAAAGAAUCCAAGUUAAAAUGUAAGUUCAGAUGGGUACAGUGCAUCAAGAAGGUUAACCCUUUACACCCUAACAUCAGUAUCCAAAUUCUCUAUACAUUUCUCUAUAAAUUUCCUUUUGUACUGGCAAGGAGAAUUUGUUUAGCAAUCAAAGUAUCCUAGGUUGGCAAUCAUUUCCUUUAUUCUCAGGAACGUAAUAAAUGAUUCUGCAAUAUUUCUGAAAGGAGAAAUUGGAUGCUGGUCAUUCAUAGGGUUUAAAGGGUUAAUGAUUUACCUAGGUCUUAAAAGACUUCUUUCCUUUCUUGAGAACCAUACAAUUGCAUAAGACUGGCUCUUUUUUAAACAACUGCUGUCCUGUGCAAGAAAUCCACGAUUUUCAGUCUGUCAGUCCACUGUUGGGUAUGUGAGUCCCUUGCAAGUGUUUGAAUGGCAAGCAGACCAUUAUCAUCAAAAGUGCUUACAGUGAAUUCAAGUUGUAGAUAAGUAAAAGAUGUCAGAGGAGUAGGAAGUAAAUCCAUGUGUAGAUUAAGCUCUAGAGGUACAUGUACCUUUACUUUGCCUCUUGCCAAGGUUAAGCUAACCUGUUUUAUUCCUUUUUUUUUUUUGCAUAGUUGCCUUUAGGAUAUAUGAUAUGGAUAAUGAUGGUUUCAUAUCAAAUGGAGAACUCUUCCAAGUUCUUAAGAUGAUGGUAGGAAACAACCUCAAAGAGACUCAGCUACAACAAAUUGUGGAUAAGACUGUUAUAAAUGCUGACAAGGAUGGUGAUGGGAAAAUCUCUUUUAGUGAAUUUUGCGCCGUAAGUGAACAGAUUAGUUACUGUAUGUGUGUAGAUCAUUGUUGCUGUCAUUGAAUUAUCAAAUAGUUAGGUGGCUUGAAACCAUAUUUAAGGAUCAUUUUUUAACUCUGUAGUUUGAUGAAUCUUGAUGUGCUGAUUUCAAUUCAUUAGUAAAAAAUGGGGCUGUCUAACUAGUUUUUUAGUGACAUGCACAUAAGGCUAAAAUUAAGGUUGUUUCUAAGUGGCUAAUGUUGCUAUAAUAUCCAUUUUUGUCUAAAAUUGUCGCAUUUUUUGAGCCAUAGUUAUUGACAUGACAUGAAAAAACUAUGUAAAUUGCAUGAAAUUGAAGAUUCAGAAAUUAAGGAUUGGGUCUGAGCUUGAGGAGCCCACAAAUGCAAGGAAACUUGAGUAUUUGCCCUGGUUGAACUGCAUUGGGAGACUGCGUGUACUUUUGAAGUCUUGGAACUAUUCAGCAUUUAUAAUUUCAAUUCUUCUUGCAUUCAAUGAGUGUUAACCCUUUAACCUGUAAGUGUGAUUAGCACCUAAUUUCUCCUUACAAUAUUAUCCCCAAAUCACACAUUUAGGUAAGGAGAAUAAAGGAAAUGAUCACCAACUAAAGGAACUCUUGAUUGUUAAACAAAUUCUCCUCGUCAGCACCUUGGGAAAUAUAUAGAGCAUAGUAUGGAGCGUCUGCAUACCGAUGUUAGGGUGUAAAAGGUUAACAAUAGUCAUCCUUGUUGGCUGAAUGGCCUUAUUUUGAUGUAACUCCAACUUUUUGUAAUAAUUUACAAGGAAACAAAUAACAAUUGCAGCUAAAAGGAAGACUGCAGUUGAUAAUUAUUCACCGGAUUUUUCAAAUGAAAGAGUUAAUUUGAUUACUCACUUUGAUUGACAGGUUGUUGGUAAUAUGGAUGUUCACAAGAAGAUGGUAGUCGAUGUCUAACGAGAUCUUAAUGAACCAAGUCUUUGAACUAUUUAUUAUUCUUAUUUCCACGCGGAGACAUUUUGUAAAAACAAACAAACAAUGAUAUUCUUGACCUCUAUCUCUUGUGGCUGCUGCUGCUGCUGCAUGUUGAGAAAGCAUUGUUGCAGCAGUUGGUUGAUUCACGUGGCUACAUGAAGGAAUCAAUGAGGUGCUGUCCUUGCUAGAACAAAAGAUGCCAGCUAGAAGCAGAUGCGAAACGUAAAGAAAUAAGAAAAUAUACGACUAUAGUAUAUAUAUUAUACCGUAAGCAACUUGCCACUCACAAGAAUGUCUGUAAAAUGGAAGCAGUUAUUAUGGUUAGAAUUAGGGAAGACUUGGGUUUUGUUGAAUUUUAUUAACUCUGACUCUGAGCAUUCAUAUGUAGCAUUUUAUUGGAAAAAAAAACGAGUAAAUAUGAUUGUCCCAUAACCCAGCAUGCAUGCACAAACACGUGGUUAUGUUUUACAAACUCUCUUAAUUUUUUGCUCCUCCUAAUCUUCAUCAAACUGACUGCCCAAAAUUAUUAAAAUGUCAUUCCUUUCAGCUUCCCAUUUUGCUUGUACUGUAGUCCUUAAACAUAAACAGCAUGCUCUUGUCUGCUUGUCUAGAUUUGUAGUUUUUUGAUCAAUAGACUCAUUCAGACACUGACAAAUACAACAGAACUAUGUCAAACUGAAAUUCAAACAAGACAAGGCACUAAGCUUCCAUAUCAUUCAGAAAUACCAAGAAUUUUAGUUUAUUUUGACAAACUUACUGGGUGAAAAGUGAACUUCUUGUCAAGAGCUACCUUGAAAUACACAUAUAUCUGUAUCUCAAAGCGGUUUUUAAUUGAUUAAUACAGUUAAUUUUAGUUCAGCGUAGAUAUUAUCAUUGCCUUGUACAAUUCAUAAAAAAGGUUUUAUGAAAUUGAUGACUCUUGUUUCAUUAGCAAGUGAAUUUUCUAGGUGAAUACUGGACCCAAAUUUUCCUCUCAAUUUAAUAAAAGUAUACUUGGUUAAGAUCCCCUGUCAAAAAAUCCUUUUCGUGCCCUUAUGUCACAUUUACAAAUGCGUUCACUUUUGCUAGGUUUCUGUUCAGUAAUAGAUCACAGCUGACGUCGAAAUGCAGUUUAAAAAAACUGACACACAAGAUACAGCCAAGUGUGUCACUGAUGCACUUAGCACAUUUUGACUCCAAAUUUGAUAUAUUUCUGUACAGAUUUACAGCAACCCCAAAUCAUAUUUGUUUGUGUGAUAAAAAAAAAAACUAAACUAAAUGUUGUGGCAUCAUCUUUAUGUAUGUCCUCUGAUAGAUCAUAGGUAGGAAACAAAAUUAAUUAACUAAAUUAAAUCAAUUAACAUAUGAUCCAUUCCUAACAUUAUAGUAGUAAUUGAGACUGUCCUUCUGUGCCAUUUGUCAGAUUAUAUCAUUGGAAAUGGUUGUUAAUGCUUAUGGCUAAAUCAUUCAUUUUAGUUGCUGGCAUUUGCAAGCACAUCUGUGACAAAUUCAGUUGCCUUAAUGGUUCCUCUAAGAAACCAGGAUUUUUUUGUUGAAAAAGUGUAAUUUUUAUUUCUGUUUUCCUUUGUAUGCUUUGGCUGAAAGACAUCAAUUGAAUGUGGAAGAGAAGACCACUAAUUGACUUCGUUUAUUCUCUCUCUAUUUUCACACUGUUCACAAAUAAACCUUGUUCGUCCCAAAAUAUUUUGUCCUAAGCAAUCUUUUUGUUUAUCCUUGGGGAUUGUAGGUCCUGAAAGCAGAUAAAAAUAAAGCUUUAGAAAAACUUUUGGGGACAAAUAAAGUGUUUAAUGUUUAAAAACACUAAUAAAGUAAGCUGAAAAUGUUUAUAGUUGUGGGAUAAGAGUAUUUGUGUUGCAUUUUUUUUAUUACUCCAAGUGCUAGUUAUCAACAACUUAAUUACAUGUACUUACAUAAAAAUCCAAUGC